CUAAAUUUUUAAUUCCUGCUCUUGUUGGUCUACACAAAACCGGGAAUCGGUAUUCUUAACUUGCCAACCACACCUACCUCCACUCACCCAAUAAACUAACAGGGAAUUGUUUCAAAGUGUAGUUUUUUCUUAUUAAAGAGAAAGAACAAUUAUAAUGUUUCAUUUAUUUAAAAAGAAAAGCGAUAUGCUAAAACUCGCUCGGUCCGGCGUUAGAACAUUCACUCAGCAGGCUGAACAGACUAGCAGCAGACGCACGAAUAUCGCCGUUGUCAGUAGUACCUUGCUUUCCGUUGGCAUGGUUGCCUUGUAUUACAACGUGUACGGACCUAAACUUUCGGCAGCUUCACCAAAAGAAGAAGGAUUGCAUUUCAUCAAACAUGAGUGGCCCCAAGACAAGAUGUUGAAGGGAUUUGAUCAUGCUAGUUUGCGCCGUGGUUUCCAAGUUUACCGUGAGGUUUGUUCUGCUUGCCAUGCACUUGAUUACAUCGCCUGGCGCCACUUGGUAGGUGUUACCCAUACCGCUGAUGAAGUUAAGCAGAUGGCCAGUGAAUACGAGUAUGAGGAUGGUCCGGAUGAUGAAGGUAAAAUGUUCAAGCGUCCUGGUAAACUUUCUGACUUCCUGCCUGCUCCCUAUCCUAAUAUUGAGGCUGCUCGUGCCACUAACAACGGUGCUGCUCCUCCUGACCUUUCUUUGGUAGUCCGUGGUCGUCAUGGCGGUCCUGAUUACAUUUAUUCUCUUUUGACCGGUUAUGUGGAUCCUCCAGUUGGUGCUGAGGUUCCUGACGGCAUGAACUUCAAUCCCUUUUUCCCUGGUACCCAAAUCGCUAUGGCUCGCCCCUUAUUCGAUGAUGCUGUUGAAUUCGAGGAUGGAACUCCCGCUACUACUGCCCAAGCUGCCAAGGAUGUCGUCAACUUCCUUCACUGGGCCAACGAACCUGAUUUGGAUACCCGCAAGAAGAUGGGAUUCCAAGUUAUGACCGUUUUGACCAUUUUGACAGCUCUCAGUAUGUGGUACAAGAGAUUCAAGUGGUUGCCUGUUAAGAACAGAAAGAUUGUAUACCAACGCCCUAUCAGCAAGUAAGUCAAAUCGUGGUUUUACAGUCCUUGAGUCUUUAGGGUCAACCAAGUCUAAAGCUCGAUUUUCUCUUCUGUAGCUUUCUUUUUUAAUCUGCCUGCUUUUGAAAAUAAAAAGAAAUAGAGAGAAUAUUUCUGUUUUACUUUUUUUGAAUUUCCCGACUUUGCUACAUGUUCGUUUCUGGAUAUCUUCCUUAUUUGACUAAUAUUCUCCUCCCCCCUUUUCUUUCAGUUUCUUCUCUUUCUUUUAGCUCAAGAGAGAGUCUACAAGCUCCUUUGUUUAUGGAAGUACUUAAGCAUAUAACUUGGGUUUCCUAAGUGUGAAAAGCGUGUGCUAUCUUCUUUCUUUUUACAAUUUAUGUCACGACGAACUUAAAAUGCCAAUCCUUAUUAUCAAAUAUUGAAUUUCAUUCUAUACUUGACUGUGUAAGAUUUAUUCUAUGGAUUUUAAUUGUUCGUUGUUCAGAGGCCAUAAUAAAACACUUAAAACUCAAGUCUAUUUCGAACAGAUAGCGUAGCCAGCUCAUGCAUAAUCGAAACACUU